AGCCAUAGAGUCAUACAUCGUGGAAACAGUCCCUUCGGCCCAACUUGCUCACACCGACCAACAUGUCCCAUGAGGCAGGCGGCACGGUGGCGCAGCGGUAGAGCUACUGCCUCGCAGCACCAGAGACCCAGGUUCGAUCCUGACUACGGGUGUAGUCUGUAUGGAGUUUGUACGUUCUCCCCGUGACCUGCAUGGGUUUUCUCCGAGAUCUUCGAUUUCCUACCACACUCCAAAGACGUACAGUUGUUUUGAUGGUGUUUGGUCAGUACCUGGCGGACACUCCGCCAUCUCUGUCUCUCUCUGAACUUCUCCUGGAUGAGGCUGAACAUGCCACGUCGGAAACAGGUUAAUCCCAAACCUCUGAGAGACAAAAUUCAAGAAGCACAAAAAGAAUUGCAGGUUCCAGAGACUGCACAGAAACGUUUGCAAAUUGCUGACGGCACAAAAAAAGAAUUCCAAGAGCCGAGAAGAAAAGGAAAACCAAACGCAGCCAAAGGUGUAAAGCGAAAGAAAGUCGUGGCCGAAAAUGUGACGAAGAAAAUCCCCAAAUCAUUUGUGAAAACUCUGUUAAAAUUAAGUAAGGAUGGGCAAAGUGCGGAGGCAGCCUUUUCUGUCGAUGGUGUCCCAACUGCUGCUUCACCAUUGAAUAAGGAACCUUUGCUUGACCAAAAUGGUGGAUUGGAGAGAGAAGGAGAACUCGGACAAGAAUAUUGUGAGGACCUAAACUUUGCCGGUGAGGCGACGGUGGCUCGGGCGGGCAAACCACUGCAGAGAAAGAUCUUGGCGUCACAGCAUUCAGUCGAGUCGUGCAACAAAUCUCCAAAUUGGAAAGCUCGCCAACUGGACACCGAUGCAACCUUGAAAUUGUUGGUGGCGGAGAAGCCCCCCUCGCCAAUCUACGAGCACCCACAGCACCAGAUUCAACGUCUCUCUCUGCUGCGUAAGCAUUGGAUCAUCAAAACCGAGAGCAAAAGCUGCAGUGCGAAUGGGAGCUCCCCUGACGCUAGCUCCGCCUUCGACGUCCUAUUGAAGGCGAUGGAGCCGGAACUGAAAACUCUGUCAAAGGUGAAGUUUCCUGCAGCCGAUUCGGGCUCCAGGAAGUCGGACUUCGGCAUCGUAUCCCAGGAGGCGUCGGGUGGAGCAUCAUCAGUCACCGCACAGACCCCCAGCCGGCCCUCUGCAUGCAAAUCUGAAUUAGCAGCGGACCCACAAUACUAUUCCAAUGCCGCUCAAAUUGUGGCCAAAUCAGGGAACAGACAGCAAGGAGCGGGCCAGCCGACGUCUCACGUCCACUACCAGCAGGCACGGCAUGUUCUGCAUGUUAAACAAGAGCAACAACGUGCCACAUCUCCGAGGUUUAACGGAUCACCCACACACCAGCAGAAUCAAGGCAAGCACCAUUUCCAACACACGUACAAUUUGACCAUGACCUCCCUCGGUCAGUCUCAGACCACUGUCAUGCCAUAUAGACUACAUCAAAGCCAGCUUCUGGUCAAUUCAAAUCAGCACAUGGCCCAUAAUCCACCUAAUAGUGAUCACAAGGGAUCUAGUUACAAGCAGCUGCAGUUGACGUCUGUUCUCAACUCUGGGGUGGAACAAGCAUCCAAUAGUUUGCUCAAGGACCAGAAGCCUAAAAAGCAGGGGAAGUAUAUUUGCGAGUACUGCAACAGGGCAUGUGCCAAGCCGAGCGUUCUCCAGAAACACAUUCGUUCUCACACCGGGGAACGGCCCUACCCUUGCGUUACCUGUGGCUUUUCAUUCAAGACCAAAAGCAACUUGUACAAGCACAAGAAGUCCCACGCUCACGCUAUCAAGCUUGGUCUCGUCUUGAGGUCAGGGGGCAGCAGUACUUCAGUGUCGCAGGACUCUGAGCGGGGGGUCAGCAUGCAGUCAGACGUGGAGGAGAGCUGCGACAGUGAGGCCGACUCCACGUCCGAGGAAAGAUAUUUUGACCAGAAGCACUGUGGUGAGCAGGAUGCCGCACAAGUGUCCAGCGACGUGUCCUAUUCAGAGGCAGCUGCAGCCUUCCCCGGGGACCUCUCGUCCUCCAGCAAGCUGGGAAACAAAGUCGGCGGCUACGACUCCUACGAGUCUGUCGCCCCGCACGAAGGAACGGAGUCGAGAGUUGCAGCCGCGUUGCCGAAGGUGGUGGUCUACCCGGUGAACAUUUCCCCCGCCAGGGCUGACAGUCCGCGGGUAACGGGAGCGGCUCCAGAACCAGUCCACCCGCAGCAGCAGGUAAACCCGCAGGCCGCCAAAACGGAGCCGACAUCGGCUUGGGCGUCUUGGACGAAGCAAGACCCCGGUGGAAACGGCAAGCGGCAGGUGGAAAUGAGCCCGCCGGAGGAAGACAAGGCCCAGUCAGUGACUCCACAUGGCCAGCUUCAAAGGCAGCAGGCCACUGAACAGGGCAAGCAUCACUUGAGCCCUCGAAGUUUAGGGAGCACUGAUUCAGGUUAUUUCUCCCGUUCCGAGAGUGCGGAUCAACAAAUGAGCCCACUCAGUCCCUUUGUCAAGUCACUGGCCACCAUCGAGGGCACGUUUCCUUGUCCACCUCACAGCAAUCAAAUCAUGGCCACUGUGUUACAGAUGAACUCCAUCUCAGUUGAGAAGCUGUCCAAAUCCACAGCUCCGGUUCGUGCUCAGAUAGCAACCAAGAUGCUUGAAGAACGCAUUUCCAAGUUGAUAUCCGACAAUGAAGCAGUAGUGGACGAUAAACAGCUGGAUAGUGUCAAACCAAGAAGAACGUCUCUUUCUAGAAGAGGAAGCAUAGACUCACCGAAACCAUAUACGUUCAAAGAUUCAUUCCAAUUCGAUCUACGGCCUCUUCAUUCAGGAAGAAGAACAAGCUCCAGUUCUGAUAUUCCCAAGUCCCCUUUUACACCCACUGACAAGUCAAAGCAAGUGUUCCUCUUGUCAGUUCCUCCUCCGUUUCCUUCUCUUGACUGUUUGCCCAUCACUAGAAGCAAUUCGAUGCCCGCUACUCCAGCAAACUUUGGCGUGCCAGCCAACGUAACGCUAGCUGCUCACCCGCUCCGAGGAAGCCAGUCGUUCGACGAUAAAAUCGCCGGUUCAUUUAGCGACGACGUCUUCAUACCCGGACCGCAGACGCCCAUGCACCUUGUCCAUCCCCGGACCCUUGUCAGGCAGACCGCCGUGGAAGACCCGUCGACCAGCGAGGGCCAGGGCUUUGCCUCCACACGCUCCAUGGACGAGGGUUUCCAGAGGAGCGCCUUGGCCGCGGGGCUUCUGAUGCCGAGGAGCAAAUCGUUUGAGCACGGGACACGAGCACAGGAGAAAGGGAGAAAGCCGCAAGGCCGGGGCUCCAUGUACGAGUGCGAGACGUGCAGAAACAGGUACAGAAAGCUGGAGAACUUUGAGAACCACAAGAAGUUCUACUGCUCAGAGCUUCACGGGCCAAAGGUUAAACCCAUGGCCACAAAGGAUUCGGAGCAGGAGGCAAUAUCACGCAGUAUGUCCCCUCAGUUGCUACACUACAGGGUGGUGGGAGCGGCGGGGGUUCUCCAGCAACCACCGAAGAUGAGGAAAAGGAAGAAAAUUAAAAGUAUUGGUGACGAUGAUGAACCUCCGCCCAGCGUGGGCACCGGGACAAGCACCGUGAACAAGGAACCUUUGUCGGAUCGGUUAAGUGCCGCUGCCGUUGAUGCAUCUCACCGGAACAAGGUAACCGGUAGUAUCCCAUCCACGAGCGUCAGAGCAAAAACUCCACCAGGAGAACGCCUCCAGGCGGGCGACAAGGAACAUCUCCCGGAGGACCCGGUGUCCUUCAGCAACGAGAUUCAAACCAAACCAUUACCCCCACCAUCCCAAGAACGAGAGCUAAGCAGGACCAGCAGUGGCGUGUCUGUAAUCCAGCACACAAAUUCGUUGAGUAGACCCAGUUCAUUUGAACACUUGGAAUCUGUGGACAAAAGUUCUCCCGUCCCCGUGCAAGAGAAAGAGGCCCUUCGCGAAACGGCGCAGCUCUCACUGUUCACGAGCGAGAAAGAAGAUGCCUGCAGCCAGCCCACUUGCCAACCGCAACCCAACCCCGGAAUAUCGAGGGCAGCAACCUGCGAACUGUCGAGAUCGUCGUCCGCUGACUGCACGUCGCUGCAGCCGUCAAGGCUGGUGCGGCAACAUAACAUCCAGGUGCCGGAGAUUUUGGUGACGGAGGAGCCGGACCAGGAGCAGGAGGCGCAAGGUAACGAGCCGGCAGAGAAAUUCCACUGGCCGCAGAGGAGCGAGACUCUCUCAAACCUACCGACCGAGAAGCUGCCGCCAAAAAAGAAACGGAUCCGCUUGGCUGAGAUGGAGCACUCAUCCGGGGAAUCCAGCUUUGACUCCACCCUAUCCAGGAGCUUCAGCCAGGAUAGCAACCUGUCUUGUUCCAGUCUCUCAGCCUCAUUUGAUAAGGAGGACCUUCCAAGGACUGAAAGCCCUUCGAAGCUGGAAGCACUUAGUAAGUCGCCCGAACUGGCUCUGGUUAGUCGGUCAAAUACCCUUGGCGUUCCCAACGCACAUUACAGAGAGAUGAGACGAGCUGCGUCUGAACAGAACAACAGCAUGCCUUCCUCUACAGAGCUCACCACAGGGAUCCGGAGCAAGUCAUUUGAUUGUGGUAUCAUAUCCACAACAAUAUCCCCAUCGCCAGAGGUUUCCAUGGAGAUUAUUUCCACAGUGGCUUCUGAAAUAUUUGCUUCUGGCUCGGUCUCCCUGAUUGAGAGGAGAAGAGGUCCUCUUUUACGGCAGAUGUCUUUGAGCAUUGGCCCAGACAUUCCCCAACCUCAGGUUUUGGCUUCCAGUUUAUUCCACCAAAACCUAACUCUGCAGGUGGCGGCCCUGCCACAACUCAAGCGGUCCUUAUCGAAUAGGUUAUCCCCCGUGUCCUUCUUAACUUCACAUCACCCGCUGUCGUAUGUUACGCAAGUCCAACACGUAGUACACCCUGAGCCACAGUCUUCAGUACAAGAAAUAAACGCAAAUAACCAAAUCCAAGUCAAACAACCUUUCGUUCAAACAUCUUCUCUUGCUCAGAGGUCUGAGACAUGUUGCGUUGCCCAAGGAAACCUAACAGUAAUGCCUGCAAAAAUAACUGCAGACCAACAGAAAUUGUGCUCAAUUAUAUCUCUUCCUCCUGGAAAUGAACGUAACACAUAUGCUCCUAAAUAUCAGCUUCAAAUUGUUCAAAGCCAAUCCUGCAAGGCGUGUGUUCUUCCUCAUGUUACAACCCAGUCGCCAGUCAUUCCCCUAUCUAUUCCACUUGCUCUCAGAUCAUGUGCGGUCACUCCCAAUAUUACAACUAAAUCUCUGGAGAUUAUCUCAAACUUGUACUUGGUCCCCCCAGUUCAGCAUGUCCACCCUGGCCAGGUAUCUACCCAGUUACUGCCUGCUGCUGCUUCUCUGAUCAGGCCCAUUGGCAUCCAGUGCACACAACCCACGUACAACACUGCCAUUCGUUCAACCUUGCCUCAGAUUCUGGUCACACAAGAUCAAACGAACCAGCAGGCCCUGGUCAUCUGUAAAUUCGACGAUCCACUAAAUUCAAACGCUCCCGAGGAUUAUCUGGAAGGCCAAAAGAAUAAAAUUAAGCUGUCUGCUAUUGCGGAAAAUUGUCACUCACUUAUCGAUAGUGGAACUGCACUCAAGGCAAGUGGAUCCAAAAUGGCGUCUGACUGUCUGCUCGCGCAAGAACCGACAGGAACGAGUAAACGCAUGCUGUCGCCAGCAAAUAGUUUAGAUAUUGCGAUGGAAAAACACCAGAAACGGGUUAAGGAUGAAAACGGCUCUGCAAGUUCUGGUAAAGUGACACAGGUGCCGUUGCAAAGCACCAAAUCUGUUGAAAUGAAUAAGCUGAAGAAGCCCAUGUUGGUGAGGCAGCAUUGCACAACCGAUCAAGUGGAGAGCUCGCUGCCUGCUGAGCAGGAAGGCCCUCUGAAAAACAACUUGCAAAUCUUAGAGCUCAACAGCUCGCCAAUAAAGCCUCUUCACCAGCUGCCAGCUCUGCCUUUGGAAACUCUGCAGUCUGAGGGUUCUACCUCUUCUUCGGGGACUGUGAUUCAAAAAUCACCCAGAACCGCUUUCUCCAGUCCCCCACAGGCAAUUACUACUCUGUCGAAAUCAGUCACUAAUACUCAGGGUGAUACGUCUGCAUCCAGUAACGACCAAAUGCAACUAGUAAACAGUCAGGCCCAAAUCGAAAUGAGAGUUUCCUUCCCAGUCACAAGCACGCGAGACGUACAAUGUGCCACACUCUCCACUCUGAAGACUUCAACAAAUUUUAGUUGGUGUUACCUGAAAAAGUGCAAGCCGUUACAUACCCAGCAGUUGGACAAAAAACUCUCUGCCUACUCAACUUGGCACAUCAGCCCUCACAAUCCCAAUCCAAUGGGAUUACCCACUAAAGUCAUACUUGGUCUUCUCAACUCAAAGCAGAAGAUCAAAAAAAUGAUGUACACGCAAGCGAAAAGCACGCUGCUUCAUUCUGGCAUAUUGGUGUCUUCAAGCAAAUGGAAAGCUGACAAAUCCAAGGCACUUGCCAACCGAACAGUGGCAAUUAGUGAACACAACAGCAAAGACAAGUACGACAAUCAAGGUGGUGAUUCUGACAAAGAUCAUGCUGUCAUUGAACCCAGGAGAAUCAAGAUCUUCGAUGGGGGAUUUAAAUCGAAUGAAGAGUACGUGUAUGUUCGGGGCCGAGGGAGGGGCAAGUACAUCUGUGAGGAAUGUGGGAUACGCUGCAAGAAGCCCAGUAUGUUGAGGAAGCAUAUCCGCACUCAUACAGACCUUCGUCCUUAUCAUUGCAACUACUGCAACUUCUCCUUCAAAACUAAAGGAAACUUGACCAAACACAUGAAAUCCAAGACUCAUAGCAAGAAGUGCAUGGAAAUAGGUGUGUCAGCUGGCCCGUUCGAUGAUCAAGACACGGAUGACUCAGGUGAUAAACCAAGAGGUGGAAACGAGUGCACGUACUCGGACGCUGAAGACUCGGACGGUCAGGAUGAGGAAGAUUAUGAAGUCGACGACGAUGAUGAAGACAGCCAGGGGGAAGUGGGGCUGUCAGCCACUCCCUCGGUAGCAGCCAGCCCCCAGCACAGCGUGCAGCGGAACGACCAGCUUGGCACCUUGAACGCUGCCUCGGCCUCUCUGAUGGCCCAUGCUGUGAGGACAGCAGAGGACUGCCUGAGGCAGGCCCACCAUCUCGACAGGCUGCCCGGCGACGCUUGGCUGGGACAGACCGCGAGAGACACCCAUUGGUACGGGGCGGAAGAGGAGACAAACAUAUUCCCUUCAGCUGGAGGUGACCUGCCCAACACUGGGCCAAAGUCCACAGCUGAAACACUUGGAAUGAGAACCGUAGAUGACUCAAAGAUUUUCCCUUCAUCGAUCACCCUUCCCCCACAGAUGGUCCAGGAGAGGCAGUUGGCGUGCUCUUCCCCCAUGAGUAGUGCGUACAGGUUGGACGUUGAGCAGCAGAGGCAGCAGCAAGAAGUGAUGGGUGAGGAGCUAGUGCAUCUGUUCAGCCACUUGCCCCUUCACUCUCAGCAGCAGGUGAAGACUCCGUACAGCAUGGUGCCCGUGGGCGGCAUCCAGUUAGUCCACGCCGGUCUGGCCGCAUACUCCACCUUUGUGCCCAUCCAGGCCGGUCCCGUCCAGCUCAGCAUCCCGGCUAUGAGCAUCCUUCACCAGACCUCCGGCUGCCAAGGCAGUGCCGAUGCACCGGGCCACGCCAAGCCAGCCAGGGUUGUGGAGACGGAGAUGCUCCUCGCACAGGUCAACUCCACCGUCGAGCAGAGUGCAAACACCUCAGAUUUCCAACUGGCUAAAGCUUCGUGUGCAGAGACACUGCGGCCUCUGGAUUUGGUCAAUUUGAGCACAGGUUCACAGGUGUUCCCUUCAGGCCUUUCAUUUAAGACUGUGGACCUCCAAGUGUUGGCCACCAACCCGCAGGCUCGGUGCUCACCGGGCGUGCAAGCCCACACGCCAGGGGUACACAUCAUGAACAUCACACUGCCUCCACCGGUACCAGCCCUCCCCGCGGGCGCCGAGGCUCAAACAAGCAGCGACAAGCACUGCACGCAAAUGGAUUUCACAACCAGCAACAGACAAGCACCAGUUAGCCUUCCGCUUGAAGCUUCCACCCAUCAGAUGGGCCGCACGCAACUCUCUCAGGUUUCCCACCAGACCCAGGCUUGCAGCCAGAAGACAGACCCCCCUAGCUGGAAACCCAAUAACCCCGGCGCAGCGCCGGAGUGCGGCUACAGAAGCACGCAACUCGCGGCAAUCCAUAACAAACCGAGUGCUACAGCCUUGAUAAACUCUGACCUGGGACACUCGCGCACGGACACACAAGAGGUGACCAGGUCUCCCGUUCAUUGGACUGCUUCUCCAGAGAAAGCAAGGGGCAAGUCUGUGGGACUGGCACGGGGCGCGGUGCAGUACAGUGACGUCAGCAGCGACGACGAAGACAGAUUAGUAAUAGCCACAUAAAAACCUUUUUUUGCAGACACUUUUUUUGUGCAGAUAUCCCACCCUUUUUUUUAUAAAAAGAAAAAGAUGACCGACACUUCCUGGUUUCUUACUCCGAGAACUCUCUUUGUCCAAAAGCACACUUUUUGAUGUAGAUAUAAUGUUUGUGCAAUUGUAAUCUAAGACCAACUUGGGAGAACGCCGUGGUUUUUGCUCCUUGUCCAGUCCGGCCAUUUUUGUAUAUGUUGUAUAAAAAAAUUGUGCCUUUCAGAUUUCUUGUUUUUCGAAAUUGUACAGAUGAUAAACUAUACAAAAAAGUA